GCCUGGCGUGCCGCGGUGCGUGGAGUCGGGUGGACGCCGCGCACCUGUUGUUUGCAGGAGGCAGCCACCUUCGUCCGCUCUCGGCGGGCGGCGGCAAGAACGGCCGCUGUAGAGCCGACUCGGCAGUUGGCUGCGGGCGAGGACGGCGAGUGGCCGUGCGCGGGGGCCGGACCACCGCGGUACGGGGACGCGAUGGCGGCCGCGGAGCCCGCGAGCUCCGGCCAGCAGGCGCCGCCGGGGCAGGGGCAGGGCCAGAGGCCGCAGGCACAGCCUCCUCAACCGCAGCCCGCGCAACAGCAGCCGCCUCAGCAGCAGCUCGGGGGCAGCGGUAGUGGCAGCAGCAGGCACGAGAAGAGCCUGGGGCUGCUCACCACCAAGUUUGUGUCGCUGCUGCAGGAGGCCAAGGACGGCGUCCUCGAUCUCAAAGCGGCUGCAGAUACUCUGGCUGUAAGGCAAAAAAGAAGGAUAUAUGAUAUCACCAAUGUCUUGGAAGGAAUUGACCUGAUUGAAAAAAAGUCAAAAAAUAGCAUCCAAUGGAAAGGUGUAGGUGCUGGCUGUAAUACUAAAGAAGUCAUAGAUAGAUUAAGGUAUCUUAAAGCUGAAAUUGAAGAUCUAGAACUGAAGGAAAGAGAACUUGAUCAGCAGAAGUUAUGGCUACAGCAAAGCAUAAAAAAUGUGAUGGAUGACUCCAUUAAUAAUAGAUUUUCCUAUGUAACUCAUGAAGACAUCUGUAAUUGCUUUAAUGGUGACACACUUUUGGCCAUUCAAGCACCUUCUGGUACACAGCUGGAGGUACCUAUUCCAGAAAUGGGACAGAAUGGACAAAAGAAAUACCAGAUCAACCUAAAGAGUCAUUCAGGACCUAUCCACGUGCUGCUUAUUAAUAAAGAGUCCAGUUCCUCUAAGCCUGUGGUUUUUCCUGUUCCUCCACCUGAUGACCUCACACAACCCUCUUCUCAGCCCUCAACUCCCGUGACUCCGCAGAAACCCAACACGGCAACUCAAAAUCUGCCUGAGCAGCCUGUCUCUGAAAGAAGCCAGAGUCUUCAGCAGAUUCCAGCUACAGACAUAUCUUCAGGAUCUAUUAGUGGAGAUAUCAUUGAUGAAUUAAUGUCUUCUGAUGUGUUCCCUCUCUUACGGCUUUCUCCUACCCCAGCAGACGACUACAGCUUUAACUUAGAUGAUAAUGAAGGAGUCUGCGACCUGUUUGAUGUGCAGAUACUAAACUAUUAGAUUCCAUGGAAACUUGGGACUGUUAUCUACCUCUAACUGUAUAACAUUUAGGCUUCUCAAUAACCUAAGUAUUUAAAAUAAUGAAUGUAACACCUUUUUAGUUCACUGAUUCUGAAGUGUUCUUCCCUAAUACUUUCUUUUUUACUUCACAAAACUUCAACCAUAAAAAUAAAGGGCUGUUUCAGGAGAAAAAGUGAUUUAAUGCCAGUAUCUAUGCCCCCCAAAAUUUCUGUUUUUUUUUUUUUUAAUUAAUUCCUAUUCUGAAUCCUUCUGUUUUUCCCUCUUAUGAGAGGGAAGUUAAAGCAGACUUCAGGUCAUCAAAAGCAAAAAUGUUGGCCAAGGGCUCGUCACUUGUGUGUCUUACAUUUUUACUGCCACAAAAAUGUAUUUGUGUCCUUCCAAGCCAAUCUGACAUUCACUGCCACUUAUAAAGUGAAGGAUAUAAACUAGGACAUAUUAACUGUUUGUUUCAGUGAACAGAUUUUGUGAAGUGCCUUCUGUUCUAGCACUUUAAGUUGAUCACAUUUUGUUGACUUCUGACAUUCCACUUUCCUAGGUUAUAGGAAAGAUCUGUUUAUGUAGUUUGUUUUAAAAUGUGCCAAUGCCUGUACAUUAACAAGAUUUUUAAAAAUAAAGUUGUAUAAAACAUU